UUGCAGGUGAACAAGCUAAAGGAGGAUUUGGUGCAAAAAGGUGACUUGGGCCUGGUUGCCCAAGCGAGUCGUUGCAAUCAACGAACUUUGUUCACGCCGGCCCCGCUUACCGUAACUUCGGUCUUCCGAAAAUUGCAGGAAAUUGCGAAAGCUUCCGGACCUAUGUCAGUGCUUGUUGCGCUCGCAAAUGCUUUUACGGACACUGAACUUGAAAAAGCUGGAAUUCCAGUUAAACCGAUGUUAGCGCAUCCAACAAAAGGAAUUGCUGAAGUGCUAAAACGUUUUGGUAGCACAUCAUUUGCAUGCGAAUUUAAGUAUGAUGGCGAAAGGGGUCAGAUACACUGUGAUAGUUUUGGUGUCAAAAUCUUCAGCCGAAAUCAGGAGAACAACACAGAUAAAUACCCAGACGUGAUACAACGAUUGGGAGAAAUAAAAGAUGAAGAAACAACUUCAUUCAUCAUUGAUUCCGAAAUUGUCGCAUACGAUCCUGUGGCAAAGAAUAUUUUACCAUUCCAAAUACUUUCAACAAGGAAAAGGAAGAAUGUUGGUGACAGUGAAAUUCGAGUGAAUGUUCAUAUAUUCAUGUUCGAUCUUCUCUACUGGAACGGCGAAUCAUUGACAAGGCAUCCGUUUCGAAAACGUCGAGAAUUAUUGCGGCAGCACUUCAAAGAAGUUGAAGGCGUAUGCGGAUUUGCUGCAUCCAAGGAUACCGAGGAUACCGAACAAAUUGCUGAAUAUUUGGAUGAAGCCGUAAAGGGUAACUGUGAGGGGUUGAUGAUCAAAACACUGGAUUCGGAUGCCACUUAUGAAAUUGCAAAACGAUCACAUUGUUGGCUAAAACUUAAGAAGGAUUAUUUGGACACGAUUGGUGAUACUGUGGAUCUGAUUGUUAUUGGUGCCUAUUUUGGUACCGGUAGAAGAACGGGAGUCUACGGUGGCUAUCUGUUGGCAUGCUAUAAUCCGGAAAAUGAAGAGUAUGAGAGCAUUUGCAAGAUUGGAACAGGGUUUGGAGAUGAAGACUUUCGAGAACAGUAUGAAUAUUUGGAAGCGCAUCGCAUCAAAGAGGCUCGCCCAUACUAUUCGUAUGUAAGCUCGCUAAAGCCGGAUGUUUGGUUUGAUGCAGAAGUUGUGUGGGAGGUGAAAGCAGCUGAUCUAUCAAUUUCACCCAAACAUCUUGCCGCCAGAGGAAUUAUAGAUCCUGAGAAAGGAAUUUCAUUGCGAUUUCCUCGAUUUGUUCGAAGGCGGACGGACAAGAAGGCAGAUGAAGCUACUACCUCGGAACAGAUAGCGGAAAUGUAUAAAAGCCAGGAGCAGAUCAAAAAUGCUUUACCGGGAACGGCCGGCAAUGAGGAUAAUGAUGAUUUUUAUUAA